AUGGUGAAAUCCGCGAGGGUAAGGCGGACGCAGCGCGACGGCGCCGCCGGCCCCGUCCUCCCGGAGGACCUCAUCCUGUGGGAGAUCUUCUAUCGCCUGCCGGCGAAGGAGAUCCUCCGCUGCCGCGCGGUCUGCCGCUCCUGGCGCCGCCUCGCCUGCGACGCGGAGUUCCUCCUCGCCCACCACCGGCGCCAGCCGUCGCUCCCGCUGGUCCUGUUCAACAGGAACGCUUUCAGCAAGGUCCCUGCCACGGUCGACGCCUUCGAUCUCCGGCACUCCCCCGCCGUGCGCCGCCCGAUCCUAGGGUUCAGCAGCUACGAUGAGUGCCAUAAAUACUACAUCCGCGCCUCCUGCGACGGCCUCCUCCUCCUGUCCCGCACCUACCGCCUCUACUACAUCUGCAACCCGGCCACUCGCCAGUGGUGCGCACUCCCGGUCCCGGAUGUGAGCAAUGUGGUCACUCUGUACCAUCACCGCCAGUCCGGCGAGUACCGCGUCCUCUACGUGGAGCAACUAGACGGCCAUUUCAGCGCUGUCUACUACGUUCUCACCGUGGGUUCGCCCCUGGAGGAAAAGAGGUGCAUCGGGCUUUCAGCGCCCUCACCAUCAGUGAAGAAAUGGAUUGCCCAUGCUCGGCCGCUUGAUCAGGAUAACCCGCCUGUCCUCUUACACGACUGCCUCCAUUGGUACUCCGGCAACUACCUGGAUGCCGAAUGGAAGGUAGUGGUUUUUGAUACGGUGGAUGAGUCAUUCAGGUGUAUGCGAUCUCCGCCUGUAGCUGACAAUGAAGCAGAAGCACAUUUGUGUCGGAUGGAUGGUACGCUUGGCAUCCACCAGGUGGAUCGCCAUACCAUGACAGUCCAGGUCUGGGCGCUGCAGGACUACGAGAUGGAGGUAUGGUCACUGAAGCACAGAAUUCAAUUGCCGGUGGUGGAGAUGACGAAAUAUGCUCCGUACACAACAUUUUACCUGAUGGCUGUGACUGAGAAUGGAGAUAUGCUCGUAAGUGGCAGCUAUUCUGGUCUCCUGUUUCACUGUGACAGAGAGGGCAAGCUGGUGGAUAAAUUCCAAGAGGCUUGUGUGAACCCUGAGGUUCUCCGGCUCUCCUUCAAAGAAAGCCUUGUUAAGCAUGUGUUUUUCGAAAGGAAAGAUCGUAAACGUGUGAAGCUGCAAAGAUUUUUCCGAGGCCUGUGAUGGUCUCCAUCCUUACCCAU